AUGGGAAUUCGAUUGCCUGAGAUGAUGCUUCAUGCAAAGCAAAUUAUCCGAAGACGGUCACAUUCUAAGCACCAAUGCUCUUACCAAACAUCGGGUGUAGCAAACGUCCCGAAAGGCCAUUUCGCUGUUUAUGUAGGAGAUGAAGAGAAGAACAAGAGAUUUGUGGUUCCAAUAUCCUACUUGAAGCAUCCUUUAUUCCAAGCCUUGUUAAGCCAGGCUGAGGAAGAGUUCGGUUUUGAUUGUCCAGUGGGCGGUCUCAUGGUUCCAUGCGCUGAAGAUGAAUUCAUCAAUCUCACUUCUCGAAUAAAUCAUGCGUGAGUCAAUGCCAAUAAUUAAAGCUCUGGUGAUCUUGAUUUGGUUUUGGGUAGUUUGAUC